CUAUCGCUGAUUGGCUGUAGGGAAGUAUACUGGCCAAUCAACGCAUGUUUGAGAUAGUCAUAUGCUAAUAGGCAAGAUGGCGGCUCCCUAUGCAGGUUGCACAUGUUGGUUCACAUGAAGAGCAGAACUACACAAAUAGCUGAGAGGUCACAAGAUCUAAAGGCUAUAUAGCUAUAGCUAGGUUCUGUGCAGUGUGUGUGAGUAGUAUAGUGAGAGGGAGAUGACCACCAUUUCUGAGGAUGAGCUGCGGGCAGCUCUGCGGGAAGAGGCAGCUGCCCUGGAACAGUUCCAGCGCCAGCGACAGACGACGUGGCCGGGACCGAGCAGUCAGCAGUCGCAGGUCCCGAGCGCGACUCAGAGGCGGGACACAGCACCGUCCGGUACGCAAAGGUCUACGGUGGGGCAGCAAGAUGGCGGAUCUGUUGGCUCGCGGGCGCCGAAGAGUUCUACCGCUCGUCCUACACCAGCACCGCGGGAACACGUCCCACGGCCCCUGCCCAGACCCUCCUCUAUGGGAACUAUUCAGACAAGUGGCAGUACUAGCACUAGUGCUGCCAGUUCCUCAGCAGUCAGUGAGGGGGACUUGAUCUCCUUCUCCUCCAACAGUCUUCAGGACGUGCUAAAGUCCGCCCGCCUCAGCGCCCCGCUCAUGGCGCCCGGCGCCACCGCUCUCGGCUCGCGACCUUUGACACCCGGCGGGAUCCAAUCCCAGCGACCGGCAACUUUUUCCGUCGGAGAUUUCCAAUCGAACGGAAUUCUAUCUUCAACUGGGUCUGCGUCGUUGAACCCUUUCAGUGCUACCAGCAGCACAAACCCUUUCAGUGCUAGUAGCAGUGCUUGGAAUGGGCGCCCUCUAUCUUUUGACACGAAUACUGCAGCCCCAAUGCCACAGCUGCCACCCCACAGCCCUGUAGUACCGCACAACAGCGCCCUGUUUGUCAGCAAUCCGUCUUUUGGGGACACGACGCUGUGGGGACAGCCCGACGCGUCCAGUUUGAAUUUCUCCGCCCAAAUGUCCGUCGGGGCCGCGAGUUCCAGCCGACCGCAAUCGCUAUCUUCGUCUUCUUCUGGGGAACGCACAAGCAUGGCCGCCAACUUCGCCAGCCUGACGGACGAACUGUUGUUUACAGACUAUCGUAACCCCGCCAUAAGUGUGACCAAAACUGCACCUGGCCCCGCAGGUGCCGCCGCAGCUGCAGCUGGCUCAGACCCGAGUUCGGGACUAUCCGCCUUCGACUUGGAUUUUCUAGAAAAACUUACCAUGAAGGAAAGUGUAGCUCCAGGGGUCAACCUCUUAGACAAGGACAAAGCCCCCGGCGGGAAGUUAGCGGAAAGUGGCAGGACUGGUAGUAUGGGGGAGCUGUCCAAACCCGGGGUGUUGAAUUCGAACCUUUUGGCAGUUAGUACCACAGGACUCAGUCACUCGACGGGGGAGCUCUAUAAUGUCAGUAGCGCCGACACCGCGGCAGUCCAACCUCCCCCGCUCCCUCCCAAGACUUCCAAAAGGAGAACUUUGGCGGCACCGAGCGACGGAUCCAUGACAGUGCCCGCUUGGAAGCCGCAGCAGACGUACGCCCGGCGGGAUUCGGCAGAUGGCUGCAUGACGGUUCCGGCGAGAAAGUCGCCAGUUGCGAGCGCAAAGGAAGAGAAGAGACCGGCGACAACAUACCACUCCACUGCAGCACAGACACAGGCGAAUCGAGUGUUUUUUGGAGAUGGACUGUUUGAUCUGGCACAGGAGAGAGAUGAGGAAGCCUCCAUUUUUGCACAAGUUGUUUCCAAGUUACGGAUGGAGUACAAGUACGAUCACGCCACGACCAACCCAGGCCAUCUGGUGAGCCCCAUCCUGCGCUACCAGCACUGUAGAGAGGAGAGUACACUCAAGGUGGUCAUCCACACACUACAGAAGAACUCGGAACCUGUCACCUUCACUUGUGAUGUUGAGACAUCCGUGAGUCACCUGGUGAGUCAGGCGGUCGUGUCUCUACUGGACGAUGACACAGACGUGUCCGUGGACGACUUCGCUCUGAAAGUGUGCGGAAGGGAGGAGUUCCUGGCCAAUGAUACGACCUUGGGAGACUAUGAGUAUGUGCAGGACUGUGAGAAGUUUGACCUUGAUGUUGCGCUGGUGCUGUACCCCCGAGAUGUCAUCCCUCACAUGCUGGCAAGAACAGCAGAAGAUGAUGCCAAGGACACAAAGACCAGCAACUUGAAUCACUUCAUCGACAAUCCUGUCAGGACAGCAGUCUCCAAACGGGGCUUAGGUGUUCUGGUGGAUGCUUUCUACAAUGAGGCUGAUAAGUUGAGGUCCCAUGCAUCUUUGGACUGGGACAGCUGUAAGUCUAACGGAGUUGUCCAGGCCAUCAAGGCACUGUGUGCGACUCUGGCCAGUCUGGAGACAGUGGAGGUCAGCCAGGCAGUGGGGCGACUCAAACGAGCGGUUCCCGCGCCCAGACAGCCCAGCGUCGCAGGGCCCGAGGGACUCAGCGAGAUGAACAGGGCAUCUGUGGUCAACAACAUUGCCAGCCUGAGUAAAGAACAGAAACAGGAGGAGGUCAACCUUGCCCUUGAGGAGGUCACGGCGGCCAUCUUGGCGCUGGUGGACAUGUACAGCAGUGCCUUCGACACUGACUUCACAACAAACCCUCAAGGAACACCAACAGCAGGUAUCGUGGAUGUGACGGGCGUGUCCUCCAACGUACGCGUCCGUCUGGUGUCGGCACACCGCCUGCCCAUCAACUCCAACCAGCUGUUUGAGAAGUUCCGUGUGUCGAGCGGCGUGUUCCACGGUGGGCACAAGAUGUGCGACACCAAGCAGACCAACAUCCACCCGAUUAAGAACAGCUUCUUCCCACGACUAGUGUGGGACGAGUGGGUGGAGUUUUCCCUGCCCCUGUGCCUGCUGCCACGUGAAGCCCGACUCUGCGUCGCCCUGUACGGUGUCAACAGUGGAGCAGACAGUAACAGACCCUACGGGGUCACCGUGCUGGGGUGGGCUGCAAUACCACUCUUCAACUACAGGGGGCACAUGCUGCACGGGCCACACUUGUUGGGGCUGUGGCCGGAGUCAAAAGUCAACCCUAUUGGUACCUGCUCAUCAAACCUGCUGCAGCCUGAUUCUAUUAUUCUGCAGGUUGAAUUUCCCAGCCAUGGUGGAGACGUGAUAUUCCCCCCUCCAGAGCCACACUACGAGGGCAGACACUACAGUUUCAGCAUCCUGGAUGACACCACCAGGGAACAGAUACAGGAGAUUGUGGCCAAAGCUUCCAUCAGCAAAUUAUCAGAAGAAGAAGAGGAGAUGUUGUGGGAGAAGCGACACUACUGUCACACGGUUCCCGCUGCCCUCCCCCGUGUGCUGAAGCACGCCCCGAGCUGGGACUGGGCGUCCCUGGCUGACAUCUACUCCCUGGUGCACAACUGGAGUCCGCUCACCCCCGUCAGCGCUCUGGAGCUGCUGCAUCCACACUUUGCUGACAAGGAGGUGCGUGCGACUGCGAUCAGCUGGAUGCAGCACCUGCCUGAUGACGAGCUGUACGACUUCCUGCCGCAGCUGGUUCAGGCGCUGCGCUAUGAGUGUUACCAUGACAGCGCACUGGCUAGGUUUCUCCUGGAGCGGUCGCUGGCCAGCGUCAGGAUUGCACAGCAGCUGUACUGGCACCUGAAGGACAACGUCGGGGAUCAGCAGUUUGGACAGCGCUUCCAGAUGGUUCUCGCCGGGCUGCUCAGCACGUGUGGGCGAGCGCUGCGCACAGAGUUCGAGAAACAGGUACAGCUGAUCCGCAUGUUACACGACGUCGCGGUGAAGGUCAAGUCCGCCAAGGACUCGGCACGACAGGCGAUGCUGCAGCACGCGAUGGAGAAGAUCAACAACAAGAUGGUGGUGCCCUUCCGCCUGCCCACCAACCCAGCACUGGUCUGCAGUGGAAUCAACUUCCAGUCCUGCUCCUAUUUCACAUCCAACGCCACCCCACUGAGACUAGUAUUUGGUAAUGCAGACUCCCUGGGUGAGGAGAUACAGGCCAUGUACAAGGUGGGAGAUGACCUUCGUCAGGACAUGUUGACCCUGCAGAUGAUCCGCAUCAUGAACAAACUGUGGCUGCGGGAGGGGCUGGACCUGCGCAUGAUCACCUUCGCCUGCGUCGCCACCGGCAAGGAGGCAGGAAUGGUAGAAAUCAUCCCCAAGUCGGAGACAUUACGGAAGAUCCAGACAGAGCAGGGCGUGACGGGGUCGUUCAAGGACAAGCCGCUGGCGGACUGGUUACAGAAGCACAACGCCACAGAGGCGGAGUACGAGAAGGCCGUGGAGAACUUCAUGUUCUCGUGCGCGGGGUACUGUGUGGCCACGUAUGUCCUCGGGAUAGGAGACAGACACAACGACAACAUCAUGAUCAAAACAACUGGUCACAUGUUCCACAUCGACUUUGGCAAGUUUCUCGGCAACGCUCAGAUGUUUGGAAAGAUCAAGAGAGACCGCGCUCCCUUCGUACUGACCUCUGACAUGGCGUACGUGAUAAACGACGGCGACCGCCCCAGUACGCGGUUCCAAGACUUCGUGGACCUGUGCUGCGAAGCCUUCAACAUCAUCAGGAAAAACGCCAACCUGUUUAUCAACCUGUUUGGCUUGAUGUUGUCGUCAGGAAUCCCGGCGUUGUCGCGUACAGAAGACAUCCAGUACGUUCACAACGCCCUGAAGCCCAGCGCGUCGGACGCCGAGGCCACGGCUCACUUCACGCGGCUGAUCGAGGUCAGCCUGGGGUCGCGGGCCACCCAGAUCAACUUCUUCAUGCACAACCUGGCACAGAUGCGCUUCUCUGGGAACGCAGGGGACGAGUCGCUCUUCACUUUUUCACCUAAAGUGUACAGCAUGGAGAAGGAUGGGAAGAUCACCUCCCUGAGUGUGUUCGGCUUCCAGAAGAGGUACAGUGGGGAGAAGUAUUACGUCUACAUCAUUAAGGUUUACCGCCAGGACAGGGAGGAGCCCACCUUCGUGUUCCGCACCUACGACGAGUUGUUUGAGCUGCACCAGAGGUUAACGUUGGCGUUCCCGCACAACAGGUUACCCAGUUUUCCCACGCGUACGGUCAUCGGGCGCUCUAACAUCAAACAGGUGGCGGAGCGUCGACAGGUGGACCUGAACAUCUACCUGAAGGAGGUGAUGUCUGCCCCUCCCCAGGUGUCCCAGUCUGACCUGGUCUACACCUUCUUCCACCCCAUGCUGAGGGACGAGAAAGAUGCAGGUGCAGCCAACAUGCUGAAGAUAGGUGAUUCCUCCCAGCGACCGCCCACCAUAGGUCAGGUGGGGGGGUCGGUCAAACUGUCCAUCCACUACAAGAAGAAUGGCUUGUUCAUCAUGGUCAUGCACGCCAAGGACCUCAUGUCCCAGGACGGGGAGUACCCCAACCCUUACGUCAAGACCUACCUUCUCCCCGACCCCGCCAAACAGACCAAACAGAAGACGAAGAUAGCCAAGAAGUCGCUCAACCCCACGUACAAUGAGAUGCUGGUGUACAACGUGCCUCUGGCUGACGUCCAGCGGCGCACGCUGCAGCUGACGGUGUGGAGCAGCGAGUCGGUGAGGGAGAACUGCUUCCUGGGCGGGACCAACAUCCGGCUGAAGGAGCUGGACCUGAAACAGGAGACUGUGCAGUGGUACCAGCUGGGGAACAUGCCACACAGAUGAAGACAGUGACUUCAUGGCAAGUGGGCCCUCACCCUCCAUCCUGAGAGGUUGUUAACUGCACAGUCACUCUCACCUGAUUGAAAUGCGAAUAGCAGAUAUAUAAUUGUUGU